AUGUCUCGCAUCACUCGUCCGUUAGCCAUCGCCGGGGCCGCGGUUGCCGGGGUGUUUGGCGGCUACUACGUGAUGGACGCGCGUCUGGGGAUCCACGAGUACGUGUUUUGUCCGUUAAUUCGUGGCUUAACCGAUGCCGAAGAAGGCCAUCGCUUGGGCAUCCGUUUAUUGCUGAUGGGGCUCCACCCGCGAGUGAUGGACGAACAUUUACACCCUGAAUAUGACCAGUUACUCGGGGUUAAUGUUUUUGGUAAGUUCCUCAAACUGCCGAUUGGGUUAGCCGCGGGUUUGGAUAAGGAUGGUGAGGCCAUCGAUGGUUUGUUUGAUUGUGGGUUUUCCUAUGUGGAAAUCGGUCUGAUCACUCCCGAGCCGCAACCGGGUAACCCUCAACCUCGGUUCUUCCGUUUGCCUCGCGAUGACGCCGUCAUCAACCGGUAUGGUUUCAAUCUGACGGGUCAUUUUUCCGUGUUGGCCCGGUUGAAAAUGAGAUUCACGGCGUUGAUGCAAGCUUAUAAGGUGGAUAAUAAUGGCCAACAACCUACGACUAACGCGUUCCGUGACGGUAGACUUUUGGGGAUCAAUUUGGGUAAAAAUAAGACCGGUGACGAAAUUGAAGAUUACUUGAAAGGUGUGCAAAGAAUGAAGGACUACGCCGAUGUUUUGGUGAUUAACGUGCUGUCCCCUAACACUCCGGGGCUCAGAGACUUGCAACUGGAAGAAAAAUUGACGAAAUUGUUGACUACCGUCAGAGAACAAAGAGACAAGUGUGGUGCUAAUUUGUUGGGGCUGGUGCCCCCUGUAUUGGUGAAAGUGGCUCCUGACUUGACUGAACCGGAAAUUGAACUGAUUGCUAACCUGGCGAAGCUGGCUAAGGUUGACGGGAUCAUCAUUUCCAACACUACCGUGCAAAGACCGGCGGCGACGAUGGCGACUACCGACAAGCAAUUGAUCAACGAAACUGGUGGUCUCUCGGGUAAGCCGUUGAAGCCGUUGUCUCUCCAGGCGUUGAGGUUAUUGCGCAAGUACACUAAGGACUCUAACUUGGUGCUUGUUGGCUGUGGUGGUAUUUCGCUGGGUAAGGACGCGUUAGAGUUUGGUAAGGCCGGGGCCACUUUUGUUGAAUUGUACACUGCCUUCGCCUAUAAAGGUCCUGGUUUGCCGCUGAAGAUCAGAGACGAAUUGGUGGUGGAAUUGCAAAAGGAAGGUAAGACGUGGUCGCAGAUUAUUGGGACCGACGACAUGUAG